AUGUAUCAAGAUAAGUCUAUGAGAGCAACAGUGGAACAUGCAAAACUAAUCAAGAUUGUGAUAGUGGGUGUUGGUAGCGUGGGUUCUGCUACCGCCUAUACUUUGAUUUUAAGUGGUAUUGUGAAUGAUUUGGUAUUAAUUGACGUAAAUAGGGAGAAAGCUGAGGGGGAGAGCAUGGACUUAAACCAUGCAGCACCCUCUUGGGCAAGCGCACGGGCAGGAAACUAUUCAGACUGUAAAGAUGCAGAUAUUGUUAUAAUAACCUGUGGGGUAAGCCAAACAAAUGGUCAGACAAGGAUGGAUCUGGCAGCGAAGAACACUGACAUCAUGCGGGACGUGGUUUCUAAUGUCGCCCAAAAUGCUCCAGAUACCAUCUUAUUAAUUGCCACAAACCCUGUCGAUGUCCUUACAUACGUUAGCUACGAGGCAUCAGGGUUUCCUCUUCACCGAGUGAUAGGAUCCGGUACGGUACUUGACACAGCUCGUUUUAAACACAUCCUUGGCAAUCACUUCAAGGUACCUUCUAAUACAGUCGAAGCCUGUGUAAUCGGAGAGCAUGGUGAUUCGAGUGUGGCUGCUUGGUCUUUAACAAACAUCAAAGGAAUGAAGCUUCGCGAAUAUUGCGAGAAGUCAAAUCAGAAGUUUGAUGAGGAGGCUUUUCAAAAAGUUUUCGAACAGACGCGCGAUGCUGCUUAUGAUAUCAUCAAGCGCAAGGGUUGUACUUCUUACGGAAUCGCGGCUGGACUGCUCCGCAUUGUGAGGGCAAUUUUAGCCAAUGAAGAUCAUGUUCUACCCGUUUCGACAGUGGGAGCUCAUUUUGGGAUUGACCAUGUGGCUUUGAGUGUACCUACUAAGCUCAACAGAGGCGGCGCGUAUCCGGCCGGUGCUUUAACCAUUAAUGAGCGAGAAAUGGAGCUGGCGAGAAAGUCUGCUGAGAAGAUUAAAUCUGUUUUAGACAAAGUGUUCAUCAAAUGA